GAUUUUUCCUUCACACGGAGUGACCGGCGGGAGGGGAUCUCUCACCAUUACUUUGAUGAAAACUGACCGUCUUUGCCUACGAUGAGUUCCGGGGCGACAAUGGAAGCUGUCAAUCCAUCAUCGAUCGGAUGCGCUGAUUUCCUUGCCUUCCAGGAGGUUUUAAAGAAGUCUCGAAUAAUAGAUGACAAGAUAAUUUAUGCACUAAACCAGUCAUUACCAACAAAGUCAUUUGAGGGCCAAGUCGAUGCUUCACAAACGUGCAAAGAUCUUUACUCUAAGCUGAAGGAGAGCUACCUGUGCCGGGAGUCUGCGCUGCAGCGCUGCGUGGCAGAGACGGCCGGCCGCGUCGACCAGUUGCGGGCCCAGCGCGAGACCAGCGAGGAGAGCAGGGACAACGCCGACCUGCUGAGAGACCUCCGCCGUGAGCAGUCCAAGCUGCGGCUAUACCGUUCCGAGCUUCACGUGGAGGAGGUGGUGCGCGACCGGAGCCGAACCAUCGUCCGGGAGCGCUGCCGGCUCUUUUACACCCCCGACGCCGCCGAUGACCUGCUCAAACAAUGACCCCGGCCGGGCCGGUAGCCGCGGCGCGGACGGCCGGCUUCUAGCGAGGGGAGUGCGCGCAGCAGGGGUGCUCUGGACCAACCGACGGCUUGUGAUGGCAGGUGAACUUGUGCUCAGAGAGGGACGGAGUCGGAGCGGGCUAACCGAGUCAGGGCAUGUCGAAUCGCAGUAUGAAUGUGUCCAUUUUUGCAAUACAGUAGCGUAAAUUGAU